AUUGCCCUCACAUCUGUUGGCUGCGCGUCUAGAUGCUUAUCGCAGCUUUUGCGGUGGCACUUUAACGAGCGUGCGCGGGUCUCGAACGCCAGUCGCUUGAAUUAGGUCGAUCGAGACGGUUGCUUUGCAGAGAGCACCUAAAGUAAAUAUUGUUAAUAUACAUACAUAUUCAAGGUAACGCGCGCGCGUGAGUACAAACAAAACACGAAAUUCCUCCUAAACACGCAACUUGUUAGUUAGAAACAAAGUGAUGUAUUUAAUUGCCACUGUAUUUGGCGGUAUUGCCGCUUUGCUGCUCUUUCUCGCGCUGAUCAUUGUCGUGCUGCGUUUGAAGUCACAACUGAUCUUCGGCAUCUACCCCUCGAAGGGCCUCUUCUAUCAACUGAAGUAUGUAAUUGCUUUGCUGUUGGUGCGUCGUCUGCGUCAUCGCGUCUAUCACACCAAGGACGAACUGAACUCACCCGCAUUUCUGGCGCAAAUCGAUCGUCCACAGGCGUUGAGUGAUAAUCCACAGAGUUACGAUGUUGUCUCCUUCAUGGGCGCCAAUGAGCGCGGCGAAAAAGUGUUCAUGACAUUGGAGCGUCGUCGACGUGGCGUGUUGAAAGCUUGCAUUUAUCUUUAUCUACCCGAGUUGGGUUUGUAUUGCACGCCAAAGCUGCCUGACAUGCUGCAUUUCACAACGGAUGGCUCCACUGAGAAUAAUGAGUUCAAAGGUUGCGGUUUUCAUGUUUAUCCCGAGACGUCUAUGCGUGAAUGGCGUGUGCGCUAUGAAGGUGAGCUGCGUCCCGCUGCUGCUGCCGGCAAGUGUCUGCCUGUACAAAUGAACUUGCAGUUCACUACGCAAGCGCCAUUUUUCUAUUAUAAUCGUGAUCUGAGCUCCUCUGUCAUUGCGGAUUCGGUGGCGCGCGAGGCAUGGAAUGACGCAUUCUACAAUCUGCUCAAACAAGUACCACAAAUGGUUGAAAAACGUAUACACUACGAGCAAAGUGGUCGCCUGACGGGCGAUGUGCAGUUGGCAGGACGCAGUUUCGAGUUGCAAUUGAGCGGUUUUCGCGAUCACAGUUUUGGCACCGAACGUUGCCUGUCCAAUAUCAAUCGUUAUGUUUAUGUUGCACUCUUCCUUGCGGACGGCACCAGCAUGAUGAUCGGCAAUCUCAGUCAGCCCUCCUUCUUUCUCUCAUCCCUCAAAGUUGGCUACGUCUGCACGCCGGCGGGUGUUUAUGAACCGAUAACCAGUUGCAAUUUCGAACUUUACUCUUAUGGCGAGAAGGGUACACCGCCGCGUCACAAGAACUUUAUUGUGCAGACCGCGAAAGCAAAGUACUUCGUGCAGAUUGAGGAACAACAGUCGUCAGUGCGUUUUGUGGGUGCCGAUUGGGCUGCCAAGAUCUACAAUCAGUUUGUCGCAUGCACUGUGAAUGGUAUUAAGGGACAAGGUAUCACGGAGUAUUUGUAUAAGGUUAAAGAUGGUGAACGUCCUGAGGCCGUGAAUGCUACCGAUCCCGAGUGGUUUAGACGUGUGAAGACUUUUGAACGUAGUUUGAGUAAAUGCGAAGAGGAUGAAAGCGAGGUGUUCUUCUUUUGAGACGUAUCGUACAUAACGUGGAAGGACAAAGCGCGGCUCUAAGUGCCUCUUAGGUUGUAAAGAAAUAGUUUUUUGUGCCGGCACAAUAUUUAAACAAGGACUGAACAUACUUUUAUAUAUAUUUUAUGGUUAUAGUUAUAUUAUUGGGCUGUAAUAUGUGCUUAUUUUUAAGUGUGAACUGUUAUUUAUAGUUAAGACUACAUGUAGAACACAUUUUAA